AUGGGGAGACUGGGAGUUGUAAUCCUUAUCACCCUUCUUUAUGUCUGUUCUACAGCUAACCGAACCGAUCUUAGACCCGCAGGCGGUCAUAUUAUCUAUGCCUACAACAUCACUUGUCUGGGGAAACCUGUGCAAGGGGUAAGUUGCGUCAAUAAAAAAUUUAAAUGUAAUCAUUUUCACUCUUUCUGUAGACAAUGAACUAUUAUACAUAUGAGACGACCGUCGAUACCUUCAACGUGACAGGCUAUCAUAACAAAUACUUUCUCAAGCCAGAUGCCCCAUCAACCAUCUUUCUAGAGCUGUAAGACAUUCUGUUUUAUAUAAAAUAGACAUCCUAGUAAGUACAAAUGCAAAGGAAAAUGUUUUUCGUACAAGGAUCGGAUAACUUUCGAUGUGAAUAUCGCCGAAAAUGGGCUUAGAGAUCUAGAAUUGGCCAAUGUAAGUUUAAAAUGCAAAGCAUCAACGGCAAAAACAACUUUUAGCUGAACCAUUCUUCGAUUCCUUGUGAUUUCGGGGUUUGA